UUUUUUGCGUUCUCAUCCUUUCUUAAUCAAAUCACAAUUUCCAAGGUCCAUCGCUUACUUCAUUGAAAUUAAAAACCUUACCUUCAAAGUUCAAACUUCUUGCGGUCUUCUUCUCUUCUCUAUUCUUCAGCGGCAAGCAAUUUCUUUCGUUUCCAAAAAUGAGUGUCAAAAGCUGGAGAAUAGUAGCUUUGCACACGGUUAUGCUUUUUCUGUUAUUUUUUGUCAUUUUUCCACUCACUUUAUCAGCAGUCAGUCAACCCCGAAACCUCAAGAAUCGAAAUUCCAAAACUUCUGAUGCUUCCUCAGCUAUUUUCCAGGUUGAAGGGAAUGUCUACCCUCUUGGGCAUUAUACAGUGUCCCUAAGCAUUGGCAAUCCCCCCAAACUAUACGAUUUUGACAUUGACUCUGGUAGUGAUCUAACUUGGGUUCAGUGUGAUGCACCAUGUAAAGGUUGCACCAAGCCACCAGAUCAAUUAUAUAAGCCCAAAAACAACCUUGUGCAAUGUGGUGAAGAGUUGUGUGCUGGAAUCCACUUAUCAAAUGAGUAUCAAUGUGCUGCUCCUUCGGACCAAUGCGACUAUGAGGUUGAGUACGCUGACCAAGGGUCUUCGCUGGGUGUGUUAGUCCGAGAUCAGAUUACCUUGCCGUACACCAAUGGCUCUGUGGUACGCCCAAGGAUAGGCUUUGGGUGUGGAUAUCAUCAGAAGUAUUUUGGUCUUAACUCUCCGCCAUCGACAGCAGGAGUCCUUGGCCUUGGCAGGGGCAUUGUAAGCUUUUUGUCCCAACUUCAUGCUCUUGGUUUGAUUCGAGAUGUGAUUGGUCACUGCUUAAGUGUGAAAGGAGGAGGGUUUCUAUUCUUUGGAGAUGAUCUCAUUCCCUCUUCCGGAGUUGUUUGGAUACCCAUGUUUCCUAGUUCCUUGGAAAAACACUACAGUGCAGGGCCUGCCAAACUUUUAUUCGAUGGAAAGCUUACAUCUAUUAAGGAUCUUGAACUUAUCUUCGAUAGUGGCAGCUCAUACACAUAUUUGAAUUCUGAAGCUUAUCAAGCCACUGUUGAUCUGGUAAGUAAUGAUUUAAAGAGACAGAAAUUGGAAAGAGCCAUUGAUGAUGACUCACUUCCGAUUUGUUGGAAGGGUGCAAAGCCUUUUAAAUCCCUAGGUGAAGUAAAGAGCUAUUUCAAGCCCCUGGCAUUGAGCUUCCAAAAAGCAAAGGAUUUGCAGUUUCAGCUGCCACCAGAAUCUUAUCUAAUUAUUACUAAACAUGGAAAUGCAUGCUUGGGGAUUCUAGAUGGCACUGAAGUAGGUCUCGAAAAACUUAACAUCAUAGGAGACAUCUCGCUGCAAGAUAAGAUCGUGAUUUAUGACAACGAGAAUAAGAAGAUCGGAUGGGUGUCUGCCAACUGUGACAGGCUUAGUGUGAAUCGUGAAGUUGAAGAAGGUUUUCCACGCCGAUAUGCUACUGAUUCUGGCAUCUUUUCUGAUCGGUGCCCAGCAAUCUAUGGUACAACAGAAAAAUAAAUGAGUUAUUUGCCACAAGAUGCUCACAUGUAAAUAAGAUAGAACAUAUGAUUAUACAUAGUACAUCAUAUCUAUAUGCUUAGUACAAUAUGUUAUGCGUCAUAAGAUAAGCUAAUGUUAAUGAAACUAUAGAUGAUAGGUUCCAACCCAACAAGGGUAACUAAUGGAGGAAAGUGUUGAAGUAGAGAGAUUUUAAAUGCCAUUAAUGCAAGAUGUAGACUCGCUGUGGCUUCAAUGAUUUACUAAUGUUGGAAACAA